CAAGAGACACGGCCAUUGGGUCAUAUCUCGUGCGGUGAACACACACACAUGUGUGAUCCAUUACAUCCCAAGGCCAUCGACAGUUGAAAUCCAUGAUGGUUGUUGUGGCUAUCAAGAAUCUAAUUGAGCACGAUCCUGACCUGAAGGUGAAAGUCAUAAUCGCUGACAUUGCAAGUCGUUAUGGUUAUAUGAUUAACUAUAAGAAGGCGUGGCAUGGAAAGCAGAAAGCUCUGGCCGGCGUAUUUGGUGAUUGGGAAGAAUCAUAUGCAUUCCUUCCCAGGUUGAUUUUGGCAUUAGAAGCGUCUAAACCUGGCACUGUUUUCUCCCCUCGAUACCAAGAUGAAGAGAUACAAUCGCCGGAGCCAGGUAACAAACGCCAUUUCAGACGACUUUUCUGGGCAUUCAAGCCAUCUAUUGAUGGUUUUGGCUUUUGUGUCCCUGUGAUCCAAGUGGAUGGUACAUUCCUUACCGGCAAGUACAAGGGCACUCUCCUUAUUGCCAGUGGGGCGGAUGCAAAUAGACAAGUCUUUCCUUUAGCCUUCGCCAUUGUCGAGGGAGAGAAUGUUGAUAGCUAUGGAUAGUUUUUCCGGUAAAUUCAGCUCCACGUCACUAGGAGCAAUGCAGUCAAAAGCGCGAUUCUACCUAGAAGCGGAAAAUGGGUAAAAUCGUAAAGCGUAGAAUCAAAGCGUAAAAACGUAAGUUUUUGGCGCUAACUUUAAUAUAACGAAAAAUGUGUU